AUGAGCUCAGAUCAGAUCGCUUCGGCGGCAUACAUCGAUGAUGCCGUUACAUUCGAGUCCUUUCAAUUAGAUUCUAGAUUAUUACAGUCCAUCAAGAAUAAUGGUUUUAUCAAUCCGACUUUAAUUCAAUCGAGUGCGAUCCCGCUAGCUUUACAAGAGAAAAGAGAUAUAAUUGCAAAAGCGUCAACCGGUUCCGGUAAAACAUUAGCUUAUUUGAUACCAGUUGUUCAAACAAUUUUAGAAUAUAAGAAAGCGUUGUCCAGUGACAGCAAAUUUGGGCAAACGAGCACGUUGGGCAUUAUUCUUGUCCCCACCCGGGAGCUUGCGCAACAAGUGUUCACAGUAUUAGAAAAGCUGAUAUUAUUCUGCUCUAAGGAUGUACAUUGCUUGAAUUUAUCUUCAAAUCUUUCAGACUCCGUUUUAAACUCGCUGCUACUCGAAGGACCGGAAAUAAUCAUCUCCACACCGGCAAAAUUACUAAAUGUUUUAGACACCAAAGUGAACUCUCUGUCACUAGAGGAAUUGAAAUUUUUGGUGAUAGACGAAGUAGAUUUAGUUCUCACGUUUGGUUAUCAGGAGGAUUUGAUGAAGAUCGCACGUUAUUUGCCUCUUAAGAAAAAUUUACAAACCUUUUUAAUGAGUGCUACUUUGAAUGAUGAUAUUCAAGAUUUAAAGCAACAAUUCUGUCGGUCACCUGCAAUUUUAAAACUAAAUGAAGACGAGAUCAACAAAGAUCAAACAAAGUUAGUACAAUACUAUGUUAAGGUUAGUGAGUUUGACAAAUUUCUUCUGUGCUAUGUCAUAUUCAAGUUAGGCUUGAUCAAGGGAAAGACUUUAAUAUUUGUGAACGAUAUAGAUAGAGGAUACAGACUAAAGCUAGUCUUGGAACAAUUUGGCAUUAAGUCUUGCAUUUUGAAUAGUGAAUUGCCAGCUAAUUCAAGGCAGCACAUUGUCGAAGAAUUCAAUAAGAACGUAUAUCAAUUGCUUAUUGCCACAGACGAUACGGAAUACAUUAAGGAAGAAGAUGAAGAAGAGGAGGAUGAUGACCAGGGCAAUGUGCCAGCAGAAGCAGAAGCGACGAACUCAGAGGCCGAAAUAAAGGGGAAAAAGGAAAAGAAGAAAAGAACCCAAAUUAAAAAGGAUAAAGAGUACGGUGUUUCGCGUGGUGUUGACUUCAAAAACGUUGCGUGUGUGUUAAACUUCGAUUUACCUACUACCGCUAAAUCUUAUGUCCACAGAAUAGGUAGAACAGCGCGUGCUGGAAAAUCUGGAACUGCAAUCUCAUUUGUUGUUCCUCUCAAAGAAUUUGGCAAGCACAAGCCAUCAAUGUGCCGAACUGCUAAGAAAGAUGAGAAGAUUUUGAGCAGAAUUAUCAAGCAACAAAGCAAGUUGGGUUUUGAAAUUCAACCCUACUCGUUUGACGUGAAACAAAUUGAAGGAUUUCGGUACAGAAUGGAAGAUGGAUUCCGUGCCGUCACACAGGUGGCGGUAAGGGAAGCACGUGUUAAAGAGCUCAAACAAGAGCUAUUGACCAGUGACAAACUUAAGAGGCAUUUUGAAGAAAACCCACAAGAUUUGCAAAGUUUAAGGCAUGACAAAGAGCUUCAUCCUGCUAGAGUUCAACAGCAUCUAAAGAGGGUUCCAGAUUAUCUGUUACCCGAGGCCGCUAGGCAAGACAAAAAGAAAAUUGGGUUCAUCCCAUUCCACAACGCGAAGCAACAAAAGAAGCGUGGCAGAAUACAUAAAGGUGGUAAAAGAAGUGGUAAGUCUGACCCACUUAGAAACUUUAAAUAG